CUAAAAGGCUUCACGCUCACUUCUCUCUCUACAUUCCACAUAUCAUUCACUCACUUUUAACACUCUUUCUCUCUAAAACCUCACCUCACACUUCCCCUUCCCCUACGUAGGGACCAAUGGACGUACCGGACUUCUUCAUGGGUGGGUACUACCGCGGAGGAGCAGCGGCAGAGUUCUUUCCAGAGAAAAGAAUUUCCGAUCAGAAACCUGGGGACCACUUCGCAGUUGAUGACCUCCUUGAUUUUCCAAACGAGGAUGAUGCUAUAAUGACAGAUGAUUUCUUUGAUAAUAUCACUACAAACUGCGCUGCCACUACUGAUUCUUCCACGUUCACCUCCAAUGACAGCAGCAAUUCUUCCAUUUCUGGCAAUCAAGUCGGUUACCAAAGCUUCGCCGAUUCUCACUUCUCCAGCGAACUCUGCGUUCCGUAUGAUGACUUGGCUGAGCUUGAAUGGCUCUCAAAUUUUGUGGAAGAUUCUUUCUCAACGGAGCAAAACCUCCAAGCGAACCUCCACAUUCUCUCCGGAUCCAAACCACCCACACCCGAAUCCUCUUCAUCUGAAUCCCACUCGGAACCAUCAGCCCGUAACCUUAAUAACUCAAUGUUUCAGCCCGAAACUCCACUCCCCGGUAAGGCCCGCUCUAAGCGCCCCCGAGCAGCCCCCUGUGAUUGGUCCACGCGUCUUCUCCACCUCUCACCCCAUACCAAACCAUUCUCCAAAAAGCAAGGAAAUCAUAAUCCGAAUUUUGUUACAGAGACUCCGGUGAGGAAAUGUCUUCAUUGUGCAGCGGAGAAGACGCCUCAGUGGCGGACAGGCCCAAUGGGACCAAAAACCUUGUGUAAUGCUUGUGGAGUCCGGUACAAGUCGGGUCGGUUGGUACCGGAAUAUCGACCUGCAGCGAGUCCAACUUUUGUAUUGACCAAGCAUUCAAAUUCACAUAGGAAGGUUUUGGAGCUCAGGAGGCAAAAGGAAUUGCAAAGAGCACAGCAGGAACAGUUUCUACAUCCAAGUUCCAUUUUUGGUGUAUCCAACGGUGGCGAUGAUUUCUUUAUGCAUCAUCAUAGUGGGCCCAAUUUUAGGCAUAUGAUCUAAUGGGUCCGAGCGUAGGAUUAAUUGGUAAUUUUGCCUCAUCAGAUUUAAA